UGACACUUGCACAACCUACUAGCAAAGGUCAUGCAGCACCUGAGCACCAUCAUGGCAGAGUCACCGAGUCUCAUCACCAUCUUCCUAUGGGGAUAUCUACUCAGUGCCGAAUGUGCAGUUUUCCUUGAUCGUGAAAAUGCCUCCAAAAUUCUUAUCCGUCCAAAGAGAUAUAAUUCAGGAAAACUGGAAGAGUUUGUCCAAGGAAACCUUGAGAGAGAGUGUAUGGAAGAAAGAUGUAGUUUUGAAGAAGCAAGAGAAGUUUUUGAAAACACUGAAAAAACCACUGAAUUUUGGAAGCAGUAUGUUGAUGGAGAUCAGUGUGAAUCAGAUCCUUGUUUAAAUGGUGGGAAAUGCAAGGAUGAUAUUAAUUCCUAUGAAUGUUGGUGCCCAGUUGGAUUUGAAGGAAGAAACUGUGAAUUAGAUGUAACAUGUAAAAUUAAAAAUGGCAGGUGCAAGCAGUUUUGUGAAAAUGGUGCUGAUAACAAGGUAAUUUGUUCCUGCACUGAAGGAUACCAACUUGCAGAAGACCAGAAGUCCUGUGAACCAACAGUUCCAUUUCCAUGUGGAAGAGUUUCUGUUGCAUACAGUUCUAAGAAGCUCACCCGCGCUGAGACUAUUUUUUCUGAUAUAGAGCAUGAAAAUUCUACUGAAGUUGAAUUCAUUCUGGAUAACAUCACUGACAGUGCCAUUCAGGAUAAUGUCACUGAAAGUCCUGAAUCAUUUGAUGACCUCACUCGAAUUGUUGGUGGAGAAAACACAAAACCAGGUCAAAUCCCUUGGCAGGUCAUUUUAAAUGGUGAAAUUGAAGCAUUCUGUGGAGGUGCCAUCAUUAAUGAAAAAUGGGUUGUAACUGCUGCCCACUGUCUUAAACCUGGUGAUAAAAUUGAAGUGGUUGCUGGUGAAUAUAACAUUGAAAAAGAGGAAGACACAGAGCAAAGGCGAAAUGUGAUUCAAAUUAUCCCUCAUCACCACUACAAUGCAACUAUUAAUAAGUACAGCCAUGACAUUGCCUUGCUGGAACUGGAUAAACCUUUGAUACUGAACAGCUAUGUAACACCUAUCUGUGUUGCCAAUAGAGAAUAUACAAAUAUCUUCCUCAAGUUUGGUUCCGGCUACGUGAGUGGCUGGGGAAAAGUCUUCAACAGAGGGAGACAGGCUACCAUUCUUCAGUACCUUAGAGUUCCACUGGUUGACCGAGCCACAUGCCUUAGGUCCACAACAGUCUCCAUCUAUAACAACAUGUUCUGUGCUGGUUACCGUGAGGGAGGCAAAGAUUCAUGUGAAGGAGAUAGUGGGGGCCCCCAUGUUACUGAAGUGGAAGGGACAAGUUUCUUAACUGGCAUUAUCAGCUGGGGUGAAGAGUGUGCAAUAAAAGGCAAAUAUGGAAUAUAUACUAAGGUUUCCCGGUACGUCAACUGGAUUAAGGAAAAAACAAAGCUAACUUAAUGAAAAACCUAUUUCCGAAGGCAGUUCCCUGGGAUUGAAAAUGGACCAGGCCCUUUACUAACUAAUCCUUUCUUCAACUUCUUGUUAGGUGUGAAUACAUAAGUUCUAUAAAUACUGAUUGUUCUCUGUGUGGGGUAGGAGCCAUCUAGGAUCUAUAUUAGACUAAAUCAACUAGGUUAACAAAUAUAAUAACUAAACAAAUCGUUUAGGAAGAGAUUUACCAUUUCCAUAAGUUCAGCCCUUGUCAAAAUUAGAAAAUGAAGCUUUUCAUGUUGCCCAUCAGGCACCGUAGUCCUCAAGUGUAGACACUUACCCAUUUCUCCCUCCUUAGCAGAAAUCCUUGUUUCAGCUUUUCCUCCCCUCUCUCAAAUUUCUUUGUUUUCUACCCAGAAUCUUUAGACCACUUAAGGCCUGAAGCACACAGAAGCAGCUGAUAUAUUAAAACUCAUCAAAAGCA